AUGGAUAAUCAUAAUCAGAGCGGAUCUUCUUCAAGCGGAGCAGAUAGUUCAUUUGGCGUUCUGGCCAUGCCUUAUGAUGAAUUUGACAUCACGCUCAAGGAUAUCAAUGAAGAAGAGUUGGAAAGGACCCUGGAGUCUUUUUUUGGUGCCGGAAACGUCGUCGACGGGCAGUUCUACUCAUUCGCCAUCCAGAACCAAUCGACUCGAAUCGAGUGUCAAGUGAGCAGAGUUGGCACUCAUUUUGAGCAUGUAAAUAUUCUGGGAAUUGAUUCGUUGCGCAAGCUGAAGCUUAAUUUAGAUAUCGACUGGGAUCUGGACAGAUUUAAACUAAUUAGAAAGUAA